ACCCCCCACUACCAUCGCACCCCCUCACUGCAGCACCUAGCUUGCAUCCUGAUCGGCCACUGCGCCCCGCCGCCUUGCAUGCCACUGUGAUGGGAUCUUACAUCAAUCCCGACGAAAUCCAACACUUCCUUAGCCGUUACCGCAGGUCAGCGGUCGACGAUGACCAGGAACCCUACUUCGGCUAUGCCAACCAGCCCCGCGGGUAUCAGCCAGCGGCGGCGGGAAACGGAGUGCUGGAAGAUACCAGCUCUUCGGAGUUCGACGACUGGCGAAGCGAAGUCACAAUGACAUCAACUGUGAAGUCGCCGGCCUACACCGUAAGCACCGGGAGAUCGGCCGCACGAUCCUCGGUCUUCAGCCAAGACGACAGCCGGAGCUUGGUGGGUCCGUCUUCAGCGCCGUCUUCGGCGCCGUCGGUAGGGGUUCCACAGAUGACUUGGAUGCAGCAAUUCGGCAACCCAGUCGCGCCGCCACCCGUGGCUCACCAGAUCCUGUGGUGCGAGUUCUCCGGGUUGAUGGGCUGCCAGGCGACUUUCGGCCUCGACGAGGAGAACCGCUGGAUCGAGCACCACGCUGCGCAUCUGAACGGCCUCUUCCCGCAGCGUCUGAUAUGUUGGUUCUGCGACGACUUCAAGUUCGUCGCUGAGAAUCCCACCGAUGGGCACGCCAACUUCGUGCAGCGCAUGCAACACGUCAGAGACCACAUUUGGGAGGACCACCGCCUGACGAGUGGGAACAACCGGCCGGAUUUCGAUAUGGUCCAGCACUUGUACGCCUGCGGCUUGCUCUCCGAAGAAAGAUACGAUUGGGCCAUGUCGUUCGACGAGUCGCCAUAUCCACUUCCCGGGUCGCACUCGCACCCCUCGUUGGCCCAAGGACCGAAGAAAACCAUAAUAAUAGAGAGAGAGAAGGGCCGAGCCCAUGAUUUGGCCAAGGAAAAACGCGAGCUGCGGCGUAAAAAGGAAAGGAAGGUCAGAAGAUGAAGUACCAACUGAGGACAAGGCUGCAGCAUCAAGACGCGUUCCUCAACAGCGCGUCAGUGCCGGGAUCAUCAAUCUCAGUCGUUGCCCCACCAACGCCCGGACCCCGACCCCGACCUCCGGCCCCACCCGAGUCCGAUCGAGACAAGUACUGUCCGGUUCUGUCCCGGCGCCAGCCAGCAGUGGAGGCUCCAGUCUUUUGAUCCUUGGGUCCUUAUAUUGUCGUUCUUGCCUUUAAGCUUGUCCUUCCGUCCACGGAUUCCUUGAGGUCACGACUCGGCUGUUCAGACUUCUGCUCUCUUCCCUUCUCAGCUCUCACCAAGC